UGACACCGCUACAACGUGUUUUUAUCGCUGGCUGUCCAGACGGAAGGUGCUGAAACGCUUUGUCGCGUGUCUGGAAGAAGUGAAAACUUUCCUGGGCAGCAAAGGGCUCACCUUUCCUGAGCUGGAACAGCCAGAGUGGCUGGAAAAGCUACACUUCAUGGUAGACAUGACAGCGCACCUGAACACGCUGAACACAGCUCUUCAGGGGAAAGGACGUACAGCCCUGCACAUGUUGGAGGAUGUUUUGGCAUUCGAGCGCAAGUUGACAGUGCUUGCCAGAGAUUUACAGAAAGGCACUUUGUCUCACUUCCCCAAUUUGAGAGAGUUCAAACAAGGUCACGACAUGAUAAUUUUGGAGUAUUUACAUUCUGCAAUCAUCGCAAUGCAAACAUCGUUUGGGAAACGCUUCUGUGAGUUCAGAGAGGAAAAAAACACAUUAUCCUUCCCGGUCACUCCCUUAAGCAUCGAUCCUUCCCUACUGAAUACGACUGCAUUGGCAGGUGUGAGUCAACCUGAUCUUGAGAUGGAACUGGCUGACAUAGCCGACAAAGACAUAUGGGUGUCCAAGUUUAGACGCUUGACAGCAGACCUUGAAGAUGUUGCCCGUCAGAAGGCCGUUCUUGCUCAGAAACACAAAUGGAGUGAUAUUGAAAACCUCACAGAUGACAGCUUGCGAUCCUGUGUAAAGAUGAAGGUGACAUCAUACAGCCCUGAUGUGCAGACGCUGUGCGCUGAGGUCCAGGAGCAGAAAUCCCAUUAACCAAGAUGACAGCUGGCUGACGUUAUUUUUGGUUUGCUGCUGGCGGAAAAUUUAAGUUCGGCGUUUUUCAUAAAUACAAGAAGGACUCAAAUAGACAUUGAAUAUUUUACUUAAAAGUAACUUUCAACCCAACGUCUUUUUUUCGGAGUUCAAAAUGUUUUUGUUGCAUGCAGAAAUGUAAUUUCGUUUUCUCUGCAGGAGUUCAUCAAUUUCAUAAAUGCAACACAUUAUAGUUUGUUUAUACAUAGCAUAAAGGCAAAAAAAACGUUGUAUGCAGUGUUAUUUCAUUUUAAAUGUCAAACGGGUUUUGCGGCUCCCAGUGUUUUCUUUUCUGUGGGAAAUGGGUCCAAGUGGCUCUUUCAGUGGUAAAGGUUGCUGACCCCUGGUUUAGACCAAGUGAGGAACUGUUUUCUCUGCUGGAAGGGUUAGAAUAUAUCAUUUAAAAUGACUGAUAAAAGAAUUAAUAGUGGAAAGGAAAAGACCUUCCACUCGAGUAGGCACUAUCUGCC